UUUGCAUGUGGAGUCGCCACUGCAAGAAAAGAAGAUUGUGAGCGCUCCUUCUAACAUGAAGCCCAUCGCUGACAGCAUGUCCCACGUGAUACCCAAUCACGUUCUGAGGGUGGGUCAAACGAUAUGUCUGAACCCGGAGCAGGAGACCAUCACCCAGUGUUCCAGCAGUCACCGCAACGACUUGGGCCUCGACAUUUCCCUGGACAAUCUCAACCAGCUCAUGCGGGAACUGGAUCCGGACUUCGACCCGAUCCAGGUCAACAAAAACCACACCUGCAUCAGACCAGCUUCAGAUGGAUGCCGUUCCUCGAAGUCCCCCCCUAUCGCCAUCCCCAGACCACCGAGUCUCAGCUUCAGUCCUUCAGGCGCAGUGGUCUUUUCUGGAUCCCCUUCCUCUUCACAGUCUCUGCUGCCAUGUGGGAGUUCACUCCGACAGAAUUCCUCGAUGCGGCAAGAUUUGUCCUGCUCCCAAGGAUCCUUACGCCUAUCCUACCCCAACAGAAACAGUGCCGCCUCCCUACUCUCCACAUCAACAUGCUCAGAUACCAGCUACAUCCUUGGCAGCACCUUGUCUUUGACCGGUGAAGAAGCCGACUGUCAAGAGUCUAUCGUCUACAGUGACGGAUGCAGGACAAGGACCUAUGACACCCAUAACAAUUCUCCGAGGCAGGAGACGCCCAGCAACUAUUCGCUUAGCAGUCCUGAACUGUCACUGUCUGGCUCUUUUACCGAUGUCCCUAUGUUGCUGAUCAAUGGCGUACCACACCAUGACAACACAUCUCCCGUAUCAGAAAACGGCUCCCCACAGAAGCCAUUCACUCCUCACGGUUCCCAAGUCUAUGGCAGUCUGCCAACAAUGACAUUUGUCAUGGACUCUUCAAAAUUUUGGUUCCGACCAAAUAUCAGCAGAGCAGAUGCUGAGGCCCUGGUCCGGGACAAAGAACCGGGAACAUUUGUGGUGAGAGACAGCACUACCUACAGAGGAAGUUUUGGUCUGGCCAUGAAGGCGGAUCUAAAGACAACUAUAACUUCUGCCACUGCUGAUACAGGCGGAGAAAUCAGCUCUAAGUUUAUCAAGCACUUCCUGAUCGAAUCGUCACCAAAAGGUGUUCGCCUGAAAGGAUCCACUCAGGAGCCAUUCUUUGGAAGCCUGUCUGCCCUUGUGUACCAGCACACUAUUUCACCUGUCGCCUUACCCUGCAAACUACUGCUUCACACCCACGGAUUAGAUGGAGAAGCAGAAAAAAACACAGGCAACAAGAAAGGAACAGCCUCCAACUUCAUCUACCUGAACGCCGUCCCCACUGAGACGUUGACGGGACCGUGUGCAGUUGAGAGGGCCGUCUCCUCCACCCUCCAACUCCUCUCAGGGUCUUUUGAACCCACCAUCGUCAACCUGAAAGUGUCCUCCAAGGGUAUCACGCUGACGGACAUCAACAGGAAGCAUUUUUUCAGGCGUCAUUACCCUGCUCACCUGCUCAGCUACGGUGGAGAUGACCCGGAAGAUCGGAGGUGGCGGAAAGGUUCAAGUUUUGGCGCAAGGAUGUUUGGCUUCGUGGCAAAAGGCGUGGAAGCCGGCGCGGAGAACGUGUGCCACGUCUUUGCAGAGUAUGAUCCUCUGCAGCCCUGCAGUGCGGCCGUCGACCUCAUCAAGGCCGUCAUAACCAAGUCAUAGGCGCUGUAAUACCAACAUCGGGUACUUUUCGGACAGUAUUUUGUAUGGAUUUACGCUGGCUUGCACUAAGCGGAAUGGCUUCUCCCGUCGUUGCCAUGGCAACCCUACUGGUUGCGUUAUUGCUGGGUUGGGAUCUCGCGUGACCGAGUAGCUUGCGAAGCGUGUUCAGACGCGUCGUCAUUUCAACAAGUCCUGUUUUUUGUUUAGCGCCGAUACUCAUUGGCUUCUGCUACUGACACUUUUACAACUGUAGGUGGCGCCCUGGGGCAGAACAAAAGCUUUCUUCCAGUGAUGGUGAUCACGUGACCAGAUGCAAAGUACAUCUGAAUAUGUUCUGCUGAUGCAGACUCAAACUGUAAUUAAUAGUAUUAUUAUGUGAGACACAGGAGGAACGCUUACCAGUGUUACAAUGUCCUGUAAUGUAAAUGCCACUGUAAACCCCGUUGUUGUUGGAUUUAUUGUUGGGCGGAUUUGUGAAAGGCAAACACAGAAAAUGAUGCAUCAAGUAAAAAACAGAACGUUAAAUGCCAAAAAAACACACACAAACCCCAAAAACCACCGCAUGAGAGAAAUGCUGCAAGUUCACAGAACAAAACGGAGCCAGGGGGGCCAAACCGGAGGGAUAUUUUUUCUUGAACAUACCCCUUGUCAGAAUAAUUGUAUAUAAGUUAUCAUACAACUUGUUUGCUUGCAGUUCAGGUUGCCCCUGCGGCCUGUGGUCACUAUCCAUUUGUGCUCGCAAAGCUGUCUUUGUUCUUAUCAAGCAAAAGGCGGACAGCUUGUAAAUAUCCACUGUGUGCGAUGGAAUGCGCCUUAGAGGUGUCGGUUUCUCAGAUCUUAUCAGGACCCGAAAUCUACAAGCAGAGAGGGGGCAAACCCGACACCGCUCCAAGCACCUGUUGUUUUAACUGUUUAUGACCCAGUGCAGCUGCUGCAUAAUGAGACCCCUCCCCUUGGAAGCAGCUGCAGCUAUGUAAUCAGGGAAUGCCCGAAUAAAUGGGGAGGACGUGGAACUUUUUCCUCAGAGGUGACACUGUACGAGGGUGCAGGUCCACGCACUCUCCUCAUGAGUUGAAUUGAAUCCUGUCUCUGUUUGAUUCCUUGCUUCUUGUCUUGUUUAAUAGAUAGUUGGGUGUUUGAACCUGACACCCGUCAACCCGACAAAAAAAACUACAUCAGGCUGUUGUGUCCUUAUUCCAAGCCGCCUUUCUGUUAAAAAUGUUUCUUGUUAUUUUUUGCUGUCUUUAAAAGAGCAGCACAGCAAGUGUUAGAGGCAACCCCCUACCUUCCGGUUGGGCAACAUUUGGCAUAACAUACACAAUAUUGCCAAAAGUAUUUGGCCACAUGCCUUGACUCACAUAUGAAUUUGAAGUGCCAUCCCAUUCCUAACCCAUAGGGUUCAAAAUGAUGUUGGUCCAUCUUUUGCAGCUAUCACAGCUUCAACUCUUCUGGGAAGGCUGUCCACAAGGUUGCGGAGUGUGUUUAUAGGAAUUGUCCACCAUUCUUCCAAAAGCGCAUUGGUGAGGUCACACAGGUGUUCUAUCGGGUUCAGGUCAGGACUCUGUGCAGGCCAGUCAAGUUCAUCCACGCCAGACUCUGUCAUCCAUGUCUUUAGGAACCUUGCUUUGUGCACUGAUGCACAGUCACGUUGGAAGAGGAAGGGGCCCGCUCCAAACUGUUCCCACAAGGUCGGGAGCAUGGAAUUGUCCAAAAAUGUUUUGGUAUUGUUGCGUUUGGACCAGUUGUUCCUCCCAGGGAAUUCAAGUUUCUGGUCGUCGCUCCCAAGCUCUUUACGACACUUAAAGCUGAGUAAAAGAACCACCAGAGACAGAAUAGGUAUUUUGUAAUAUAUUUGCAAAGCUUUGUAAAUAUCAUGAGUCCAGUCCAGCAUAGAACAUUCAAUCGCGCAGCUAAGAUGGUCUGAUCUAAAAAAUGGAAACCUUCUCUUCUAUAAAGUCUCUCUCCCUCCCACCCUCGCUGUCUUGUCUUUUCAGCCCAAACACAUGCCCAUUGUCCUCCGCACCUGGACAUAAGAAGAGAUAAAAGAAGGAGUAUCUCUCUUUCUUACAUUCCAUACCCAAGGUUAGCACACAGUAUUUGCAGACAACCAAAAGACCACAAUUGGAAGAAAAACACUAGCUGUUUUGUAAUAUGAUUAUGAAAUUAAAGAAGUAACACUUAAAUACGGAUAUAUGUAAAUAUCUGCCUCCGACAGUAUCCUGGAGCAUUCAAAGUUCUUUUCACUGGAACUAAGGGGCCAAGCCCAACUCCUGAAAAACAACCCCACACCAUAAUUCCUCCUCCAUCAAAUUUCACACUCGGCACAGUGCAGUCCGAAAUGUACCGUUAUCCUGAUUCGGAUCAUUUGGAUGGGUGGCCAAAUACUUUUGGAAAUAUAGUGUAUUUUGUGGCGAUGGUUAAGUCAGGCCUUCAAAAUAAAAGCACUCCAGUUAAAUAACAGUGUUGCACCACAGUAGUCUUUCCCCAGCACCACCCUCCUUUUUGUUUUCUCUCGACAAGGGGUGUGGCUUUCCGAUUCUGGUGGAAAGACCUUAAUUAUCCUUUUUCAAACAAUUGUUUAUUAUUUAACAGAGAACAUCGCACAUUAAUGAGCAUUUCUGUAAAUGCACCAGAUUAAGCCACAAGGCUAAUUUUCAUCUGCAGUCCCCCGUUGUCCCUUAUUUUCAGGAAAAUGUCCCUUAUUUUUAAAUGCAAAGAUAUGUAUGGUCAUUAAAGACUUAAAGGGGAAGUGCAAUUUUGCUUGUCGUUCACAAUCAUUAUGAAAGACACGACGAUAGAUGUUAUUUAUUUUUUGCAUUGCAUUGUAAAUAAUAAAUAAAUACGAUCAAAAGUAGGACGACAAGCGUCUUUUCAUGUCGUUCUCACCAUUUCCGGGUCCUAAACGGCUGUCAAAGUGUACCGACUUGUCGGAAUACAUCCUCAGACUUCUUCUGUCCAGGUGAGUUGCAGGAUUGAUGAUCUACAAUAAACUUCUCAAGUAAGCGAGUAAACACCUCGCCAGUUGUCAUGUCGAAAUUGUGCGCAGGGUUGUUGUCAGGUUCAAACACUGAUGACAUCUAUUAAACAAGACAAGAAGCAAAGAAUUAAACAGAGACAGAAUUCAAUUUGGCUCAAUUUGAGGAGAGACGCAUGGACAUCUGUACCCUUGCACAGUGUCUCAGCCCACUCUGGCGAAAGAUUGUACGCCUCCUCCUUUAUUUGGACUUUCCCUGACCACAUGGCAACAGCUGCUUCCAAAGGGACGUGGGUCAUAAAUAGCGUUGCCUUUGGUUACAGAACAGUUCAAAAGAAAAGGUCGUAAACACUUCACAGAAAAGGUUCGUAAAACACUUCUUCUCUCCGCUUUGUAGUCCUUGGGUUAAAACAAUAUAUUUUUGUUGACUACAAUACAUGAUAGAAAACAGAACACCUUCUUGUUGCUUCCCACUCUACACAGUGGAGUUUUACAAGCCUUCUUCUUGGUAGGUUCAAAGACAUCGUUUUGCUUCUCGCUGGGAACUCAUUGAAACACAAAGUUUUUGUGAUAACUUAGAUAAAAUUAUUCUAACAGUUGUGACCACGACGCCGCUAUAAAUAGUUGGUCUGCGUCAGCGCUUAUAAUAACAAUAUCACUAAUGCUUGGUUAAUAUUCAAAUCAUGAAAUGUUAAUUAAGUUUUGUUGGCGGUUUUUGAAUGGUUAUUUAUUUGAUUUUA